AUGAUGUCAGCCAAAACUGAUAUCCCAAAUACCUCAUCAACAUCGCCAUCUCCAUCACCAACAACUGCAAAUUCUACAGUAACUACAGUCACAACUUCAUCACCUAUUUCUGAAUCCAAACCUAGACGAUUACCUACUUCUGAAACUUAUCACUAUAACGUCCAACACCACCUACAACAUUACGAAAACAACAAUAGGUUCUCAACGCGACAAAAUUUACAACAAUUAAAAGAACAGGCGACAUCACAGAACAACAACAACAAUAAUAAUAAUACUAGUACAUCCACUCCUAUGUCUUAUAAUUCAACACCUUCAACAACAAUAACUAAAACAAACCUAGACCCAGUGAGUUCAUUCCCACUUUCUGUACCAACAACACCAACCACACUAACAACUAAUACAACCACUAUAAUAAAUGAUAACACUAAAGGCAAAGACAAAGACAAAGAUAACCACAACAUUGACAAAGAAGAAGAUGAUAUUCAGCAAAAACUAUUAUUAAAGGAACAAUCUUUGAAUGAUAUCAAACUUCAAUGUUCACGUUUAAUCUAUGAACUAGAAGGGAACAAUGAACCAGAAUUAAUCAUCAAGAAAUACAUUCAAGAUUUGAAUAAAUACAAUGAAUUAAAAGAUUUGGCAUUACAAUUGAUCACCUUGAUUGCAGACCAACGUAAAGUGAAAACUUCGGAUAUUCUACAAGAAAUGAAUAUUGAAAUAAAUAAUAAUGAAUAA